CCCUUCUCGCCCCUGCCAUGCAGCAACCCACACACCGCCACAUUCGCAUUCGCAACGCUCGUGAUGCAGACAUCUUGUUCCACGCCGUCCUCUCUGGCAUGUUGCCUAUGAUCACCAGGCGGCUCGACAGUGAGGAGAGGAUGGCUCUCGCUCCCGGAGACGUCUACGUCUGGCAGGAGCGUACGGGCAGCAUAUCCGAGUCCACGGACCAUGCCAUCGAGCGCUUCACCGAAGGCCGCUCCUGGGCGGCCAGUCGUGCCAAAGAUGACUUCCUGUAUUACCAUGAGAAGGACGACGCCCCAAAAUCGAUUAUGGUCGAACGAACCAAAGCGAUCAGGUACCAAGAAGACCCGAUGAGCGUGCCACCAAUUAUUCCACGCCGUCCUGGGGAACGCAUGAUCAAGCAAACGUACUCGGUGUACGUCAAUAGCCCUGUGCCUGCCUUCCACUGCAGGGGGAAGCUUCAUCUGAACGCCUACUACACUCCCGAGACCCUUGAUGGGUUGUAUACCGUCGACGACAUCCCUCUAUUGCGCACUAUCAAGGUUCCCGAUGGGUGGUACAUCUGUGCUCGAGCCAGCAGGCUUCGGGAAAACUCUUCUCGGAUGAACAGGCGCAACUCCCCCGAAGAAGCCACUUUCGUUCAUCAUCCAUAUCCUUCUGCAACCAUAACCGCCUACGCAGCAUAUUCCUCUCCAUACAUCGACAGUUCUGCUUCCGCUCAUCAUUCUCGCAACGCCUCGCCACCUGUGUACUGGGGAUAUCCUCAAACGCAAACCGAUUUUCGCUUCCCCCCGCUUCCCCCCGCUCCUGCUCAUCGCAGCGUUUCUCUCGCUCCCUUGGAACAAUUGCAGAACGGCAGACACCAGAGACGUGAUCCAUCUGAUGAGGUCCUUCUGCGAUCUUUCAAUUCCUCACGAUGAACUCUAGAUGAUUUCUUUCAUUUACUUUCCCCUGCAUGCCUUCCGUCUCCAAUGCACAGCACUGAAUCCUCGUUGUAUUGCUACCUUUCUUGUUACAUAAUUGGACUACGGACCAUCGAACGUCUUUGUCUCGCACCGCCAUCCAUCAAUAUUCCUUGCUAUUGCUUUCCCACUGUACAGUUUCGCUAUUGUGUCUGUUUUGUUAGUCUGAAGUC